AUGGCUUCCAAAAGCUCCAAGCGUACAUACGCGAGCUUCUCAGAGCCGUAUGGAUCUUCAUCCCUUCUAUCGAACCCCGUCCCGUCCGCCAAAAGAAGCCGACGCAAUGAGCCAUCCCUGUGGAGUCAGAUUCUCUCCCUCCCCCAUCCGACGACCCAAAGCCUCCUCUACCAGAUCUGCCAUGCAAACCCGAACCUCGCGGCUUUUGUGCAAUCUGCACAUAAUGCCCGGCUUGCCGAGGAGGCGGCGAGGCCACCGGUGAAUUUCGACCACUAUUCCAGGGAUUGCUGGUACACGAUGAACAAAAAGUACAAGAGGUUGUCGUGUAGCAAGCAGUUCGAGAUGAUGGGAGACAUUUGCCAGGUUCUGGACGAGAGUAGAGAAGCCAUCGUGGCCGCGGCCGGUCCGGAUGUGAGGUGGGAGACGAGAAGGAAUGCACUCGAAGUUUUACGAAAGAUUUGCAAGAGCAUUGCCCUUUGUGACGAACCUCAGAUUCGCCAUGAGUUGACGAAAGAUGGGUUCAUGCUGGGACAGUUCGCCGACAGCAUGCAGGAAUUGGCGAGAGGCAUGAACGAGGAAGAGAAGGAGCGAUACAAAGCCGAAGGACUGUACGAGAAGCUUGUGGACCUGUCGAACGAUUGCGGCCCAGAUGACAUGGAAGGCUUACCUGCGGUAUUUCGCAUAUUCGACAGUUCUCACGAGGACGGAGACGAGGACGAGCAGGAUGAGGCAUUAGAUGAGUCGGAAGAUGGCGGAGACUGUGAUGCAGAUUCCCGGGAAUACGUCGGCAACCUAUACGACGACGAUACCGAAGAGGAAAAUCACCCCGGGGAAGAGGACGAAGUGGGUUUUGGGACCGCUGCUAUUGGACUUCCGGCAGGGGUACGGCUGGGUGCUCUGCGCGAGAUCUACAGCCAGAAUUAUCAGCAGAUGACACGUCCCGGGCAAGUACUUCACCAACCCCCCGUGAUACCAUCGCAACCUCCGAGGACGAAGGUCUUCAGCAUUGGAGAACUGUCUUAG